GAGAUCUAUUACUACUUCUAUUGAUGAUACUUCAAUUUUACUAAGUUAAUUAUAAUAAAAUUUUAGUAUGUUGAAUAACUGUUAACAAUGUCUCCCCCACUGUAAGCUAAGCUAACGAACGAGCGGAAGCAAUUGGUGCGACCGAUAGUAAAAUUUAUAUCGAAGUAGAUCUAACUAUUCUUUAUAAAAUAAUUAAAGUAAUUACAAACUAUACGAAAUAUAAAUAUAACAAUGGUUAAGCCAAUUAUUUCUCCUUCUAUCUUAGCCUCUGACUUUGCCAAUUUAGGUUGUCAAUGUAAAAAAGUAGUUGAUGAUGGUGCAGAAUGGUUACAUAUUGAUGUAAUGGAUGGUCACUUUGUACCAAAUAUUUCCUUUGGUGCCCCAAUUAUUACAAGUUUAAGAAAAGUAUUUCCAAGAGAUGGUCCAAAUCCUGUUUUCUUUGAUUGUCAUAUGAUGGUGGCUGAUCCAGAAAGAUGGGUUAAAGAUGUUGCUGAAGCUGGUGGUGAUGGAUAUACUUUCCAUUUUGAAGCAACUAAUGAUCCAUUAAAAGUUAUUAAGACAAUUAAAGAACAUGGUUUAAAAGUAGGUGUGGCCGUUAAACCAGGAACUCCUGUUGAAUCAUUAUUCCCUAUUAUUGAACAUAUUGAUUUGGGACUUGUUAUGACUGUUGAACCAGGAUUUGGAGGUCAAAAAUUUAUGCCUGAUAUGAUGCCAAAAGUUAAACUUUUAAGAGAAAAAUAUCCUCAUUUAAAUAUUCAAGUCGAUGGAGGUUUAGGUAAAGAAACUAUUGAUGCUGCAGCCACUGCUGGAGCCAAUGUUAUUGUUGCAGGUACUUCUGUAUUUAAAGCUGAUAUUCCAAAAGAUGUCAUUGAUCAUUUAAAGAGUGAAGUUUACAAAAAUUUAGAAUCAAAGGGAUUAGUAUAGAUCAUUUACUAUAAUUAAUAAAUUAUUUUUCAUGCAUUAAUUCUUAUG